AUGUUUGCGAACAUCUGCAAUCUCGAUGUGCGCGGGACUGCGAGUCUCCUUAUCCGGCCCUAUUCACAAAUCCGGCUUCUGAAGUGCCGUCCCCAACACGGCACCGUGAGUUCUGGGGCAAAGCCGCGGCCUGUCCCACCUUCGCAGCCCCCCUUGCGGGGAAGGAGCCGGCGCUGGCCGGCCCGGCGGUGGCAGCGGGCCCGCGGCGCUCCCGGCCAGGCCGCAGGGGGCGGUCCGGGCCUCCGCCGCUCGCCCGGGCGCAGGCGCCGCCGUGGGCCCGCGGCGGAGGGCAGCUCGCCCCGGGACGGCGGCUCCAUGCGCUGCCAGGUCUCGGUGCUGUAUUUCGCCAGGAGCGCGGAGCUGGCGGGGCUGCGCUGCGAGACCCUCUCGGUGCCACGGGAGAUCACCUCUCUGCAGCUCUGGGAGGAGAUCGUCAAGGUCCACCCCAGGCUUGCUGUCAUCCGGGAUCAAGUGGUAUUUGCUGUUCGGCAGGAGUACGUGCUUCUUGGAGAUCAGGUCCUGGUCCUGCAGCCUGGAGACGAGGUUGCCAUCAUCCCACCAAUUAGUGGGGGCUGA